UCAACGCUGAAUGUAGAGAAAUUAUGGGCACCACCAAUGUCAAAUGCGAAAGCCAAUGAAGCAACGUCGAAUGCAAAAGCCAACGGAAGAUAUAAAGCCAACAUUUAUAAAGAAUAUUCAAACCAAACACCAAGAAAGAGAAGACAAAAAGUCUCUCACAAUUCAGCGAUUGAAGAGUCUUAUGAUUCAGCUGUUGAAAAUUUUCCCAAUUCCGCUAUUGAAGAGUCUCCCGAUUCUGCUCUUGAAGAAUUACAAGAUUCACAAGAUUCAAUCAAAAUACUGUACUCACAGGAUUUUCAAAAAGGUAUUUAA